AUGCGGACUCGGACCGUCUUGCUGGUACUCUUUGCUGUGGGAGGGGUGAUAGCUCUUGGCCUGUGCAAACCCUUGAGAAAAUCCCUGAGAAAAAGGGACUUGGAUGGAAACCAGGAAAGCGGAGGCACAACUGGCGAAGUCGUUGCUAAGGCUGUAACGGAGGAUGACACGGACUCAACUGGGACGUCCCAGGAGGGGUCAGGUGUUGCAGACGAUGGGUCAGGUGACAUGUCUGAGGGAAGUGGGACAGAAGCGGCGGAAGGAUCAGGAGAACACGGACCAGAAGGAUCAGGAGAACUCCAGGAAGGGUCAGGAGACGCCCCAGAAGGGUCGGGAGAAGUCUUAGAAGGGUCGGGAGUUGAUCCUGAAGGCUCGGGGGAAGAAUUUGAAGGAAGUGGGGCGGAGAUACGUGAUGGAAAAGAUACACAGGUAUCUAAGAAAGAGGAGCCAGGGAUUCCUGAAGAUGAGGAUGGUACAGAACCAGAUGGCAAAGAUGGCGUGAAGCCUGGGGAUGAAGAUGACCUGACGCCCGAGGGUGGUGAAGGCAUAACCACUGAUACGCCCGAGGCUGAAGACGGUGUGAAGACCGAGGGUGAAGUAGGCCCAACAGCCAAGACGCCCGAGGGUGAAGAAGGCCCAAUCACCGAGACAUUCGAGGGCGAAAAAGGUGUGACGCCCGAGGGUGAAGACGGACCAGCGCCCGAGGGUGAAGACGGACCGAUGCCCGAGGGUGAAGACGGACCGACGCCCGAUGGUGAAGACGGACCGUCGCCCGAGGGUGAAGACGGACCGAUGCCCGAGGGCGAAGACAGACCGACGCCCGAGGGUGGAGACGGACCAACGCCUGAUGGUGAAGGCGGUGUGACACCCGAGGGUGAAGAUGAUGUGACGCCUGAUGGUGAAGGCGGACUGACGCCUGGUGAUGACGUCACGACAGAGGAUACAGAGCUUCCAACAGCAGGUGGUGCUGAAGACGCGAGCCCUGACAAUAAGGAUGGCACAGCGCCUCAAGAUAGAGACGGUUCUGCGCCUGGCGAAGCCGUUCCAACGCCAGUGAGCGCAGACAUUAGAGCACCCGUUGAGAGUGAAGACGACACAGCGACGGACGAUGGAGACAGUCCGAUGCCUACCGAUAUCAGUGAUGUAGAGCAGGACGUAAAAGCUGACAAAGAGACAAAUGGACAAGACACUGAUGGUAUAGUAAGUCCCACGCCCACGAUUCAACCUGAAACUGAAGACGAGGAGAUCAAAGAAGAUAAAGACGACAAGACUAAGACGGAAGGCGAGAAGACUCCCGAGGCCGAAGGAACAUCAGAAGUCCAUGAAGGCUCCGGGGUCGAGCCCGAGGGAUCAGCCGAAGGGAUUGAAGGAAGUGGAACGGAGACAGGUGAGGAGGAGGGGUCUGGAGUAGAGAUGGAAGGGAGUGGUAUAGAACACCACGAGGGUUCUGGCCUCGAGAAGGAAGGAUCCGGAGAAGAACUGGAAGGAAGUGGGGUUCAAACACCUGAUGAAAAAGACGCAAAGGUAUCUGAAACAGACGUGAUGGCUCCAAAGGAAGACAAAGGUGAUGACACCGGGGUAACGCCCAAGCCUGGAGAUGGUCUACUGCCAGAGGAGGAAGACGAACUAAGUAUGUCCUCUCCCGAAGACGGCGAGGUGCCUAGAGCCGAGGAUAUAAAAACGCAAGAAGAUGGAGAUGAUUCUACUGCACAGCCAAUCGUUGAAACGACGUCUCAGCCUGACGAUGUAAGACAUGAAGACCAAGAUAGCGUGCCAAGUGAAGAACAAGACGCUAAGACGACCGAAGGUAAAGAAGACACGUUUCCGGAAGCUGAAGCUAUAAAACAGCCGGAGGAUGGAGAUGGACCCACGCCAGAUACCUCCGAAGAUGUGACUUAUCAGCCAGAAGACGUAAAGCCCGAGGGAGUAGAUGGCGUGACUGAUGUAGGGCAAGACGUCGAGACGCCUGAAGGCGAACUAGAUGGGAUGCCGAAAGCUGAUGGCAUGGCGGAAUCCGAGGGCGAAGAUGGUCCUACACCAGAGACAAUCGCAGAUACAACGGAUGGGCCGGAAGACUCACAAACCGUGGGAGAAGACGCAGAGACGCCUGAUGAGGUCGAAUUUCCAACACCUGAGACCAAAGAUAGUGCGAAGCCUAAGGACAAGGACGACGUAAAAGCUGAGGAUGGGGAGGAUGGACCAACGGCAACGGAUAGAGAUGGGCCCAUGCCUGAUGGGGUGACGUCUGAUGAUGCAGAAAGCCCAACGUCUCAGCCUGAGGAUGAUGUCAGGCCCGACGCAGAGGACGGCCCAACUGUAGAAAGCACAGACGCAGCUACAAAAGGUGAAGAUGGCGAGCCGUCCGAAAGUAAAGACAUCCCUACGCCAACUACUGACGAUGAUACAAAGCCAGAAGACGGUACGACCACGGGAGAAAAGGACGACACGAUGAUCCAAGAACAAGAUGAGAAGACGCCCGAGGGAAAAGAACCUGCAGCAAUCCAUGAAGGAUCAGGCGUUGAGGAGGAGGGGUCAGCUGAAGGGAUUGAAGGGAGUGGAAAAGAGACGGGCGAGGAGGAAGGAUCUGGACUGGAAGGUAGCGGUGUAGAAGGAUCAGGGGAACACCCCGAGGGCUCGGGUGUCGAGGAGGAAGCAUCGGGAGCAGAACUAGAAGGGAGUGGCGUAGAAACCGCCAUUGGGAAGGACCUAAAGGAACCUGUGGUCACAAAAGUUCCAACGCCGGAGCCUGAAGACGUCGUGAUGCCAGAAGGAGAAGAAGGGCCAACCACAGACGCUACUACAGAAAAGGAAGAAGGCGACCCAACGACUUCGUCUGAAGCCGGCAAGGCACCCGACAGUUCAGACGCUACCGCAGCAGAGGAAGAAGACAGGCCGACGGUGACGACUGAAGACGGCGAGGUGCCCGACACUACAGAUGCCUCUACGGCGGAGGGAGAAAAUGGAGAACUGCUUGAAGAGGAUGAACUCCCAACUCCCGAGAGUAAAGACGGCGCAAAGCCCGACAGUACAGAUGACCAGACAACCAAAGAUAAAGACGAGAAAACGCAUGAAGAUGAAGAGGUCCCAACACCAAAAGGUGAAGCUGGAGAUGGAGACAGCGCUACUACAGACGACGGGGAGACGCCAACCGAUCAAGCUGGUCCAACUCCGGAAAGUGAAGACGAUGUUACAACGGAAGACAAAGGCGAGGAAACACCUGUGGACGAGGAAGGACCUACCGCCGAGGAUGCUACAGGACCUGACGAUAAAGACGGCACCACACCAGACGAACCUUACCCCAUAACACCCAAGCCGAAGGAUGCUAAAACAUUGAGAGAGGGAACAGGGCCUACAGAAGCCCCUGAAGGCUCGGGACUCAUAGAGGAGGGUUCUGGAAUAGACCAUGAUGGCUCGGGGGAAAAGGAUGAAGGAUCGGGAAUAGACCAUGAAGGAUCGGGGGAAAAGGGUGAAGGAUCCGGAGUAGACCAUGAAGGCUCUGGUGUUGAAGGGUCUGGGCAAGUCCAUGAAAGUUCGGAUGCCAAGGGAAAAGUUCCAGAACAAGAACGGGAUAGAACUGGAGAAGAAUCCGAAGACGAAAAGGACGGAACGAUACCCGAGAAGGAGGACGGAUUCUCCUUUGAAGAGGAAGGCCCCACAGGCCUCACUGGUGAUGUCGACACAACGCCCCAGUCAGAAGAUGGUGAGGAAGACCAAGAUACGUAUCCAGAGGCGGUUAGAACUGUUGAAGGGGAAACUGAGGAAGACGAAGGUCCAAUUGCCGAACCUGAACUUGGUACUGACAAAGACGACGAGGCAACUGAAGAUGGAGACGGUGUAACGCCUGCAGAAGAAGACGGUGUAACGCCUGCAGGUGAAGACGGUGUACAGCCUGCGGGUGAAGACGGUGUAACGCCUUCAGGUGAAGACGGUGUACAGCCUGCAGGUGAAGACGCUGUAACGCCAUUGAGUAAAGUCAGUGCCGCAACAGAUAGGGAUGACGACGUUACAUUGGACGAGUUUCCGACUCAGGAAAGUAUCGAUUCUGCCAAGCUAGACGGCACAGAUGUUUCAGACACACCGACAGGAGAAGAAGGCGUGAUUCCUGCUGAUACAGAAGGUCCCACGGCUCAGGUUGAAAACAUUAUUGCUCCGGAUAGGGAAGAUGCCACCAAAGAAGACGGCAAAGACGACACAGCACCGCGAGAAGAAGACAGUGGGAGACCUUCCACCCCUGUUAGUGAAGAUGGUACCAAGCCUGAAGGAAGAGACGGGGAGACAGCUGAGGGUGAGGUCGGCCCCACACCCAUUUCAGAGCCAGGCGAUGAAGAUGGAGACACAGAAGGAAAAGACGACACAACAUCCAAGGACAAGACUCCUGAGAAGGAAGGACCUCAGGAACUUCACGAGGGCUCCGGUGCCGAGCCUGAGGGAUCAGCGGAAGGGAUCGAAGGAAGUGGAACAGAAGCAGACAAAGAGGAAGGGUCUGGAGCAGAGUUGGAAGGAAGCGGUGAAGAAGGAUCUGGUGUAGAUCACGAGGGGUCGGGUGUCGAAGAGGAAGCUUCUGGAGCAGAACUGGAAGGGAGCGGGGCAGAAACUGCUGAGGGAAAGGACGUUAAGGUGUCUGAGACUGACGGCGUGUCUCCGAAAGAAGAAGGUGUGACUACCGGCGAUGACGUCAGCGCGACAGCCGACCCUGCAGCCUUGGUGCAGCCUGGUGACGACGACGGCGUGACGGGAGAAGGGGAAGAUAGAGUGGCGGCCGAGGAGGAAGAUGGUCCAACGCCAGAGAGCCAAGGUGUCACAGGAGACGGUUUGACAGGAGAAGAACUGGAUCCAUCGCCCGGGGAGGGCGAGUUUCCAACGCCAGCGAGUGUAGUUGAUACGAGACCUAAACCUGAAGACGGCGAAACAACUGCAGGGGAAGCCAAACCAACACCUGCAACUGACGAUGGUAGCGCGCCUGAAGAUAAGGACGGUCCAACACCACAAACUAAAGACAGUGAAGAGCCAGAAGACGAAAAGGGUGUGACAACUGAAGAUGGAAAAACUCUGACGCCCGAUGGUACAGCUGAUGCUGGACUUAAGACCAAAGACGGUGACGAAACAGUUGGAGAAGACGGACGUACAGCUGUCGACGAAGAUGGUGCUACGUCGGAGGAUGAACCCACGCCGGAAAGUGACGACGGCGACAUGCCUGAGGAUACAGAGGAAGGAACAACUGAAGAUGGCGACGAUCCGUCUCAAGCAAAAGAUGACAUCCCAACGCCCGAGAGUGAAGGAGAAAGAACUGGAGAAGACGGACCUGCGACUACAGACGAGGACGGACCGACACCGGAAAGUGCAGAAGGCAUAAAACCUGACGGUGUAACAACCGGAGAUGAAGACGGUCCCUCACCUGAGCAGGACGAGAAGGAAUUCCCAACAUGA